GAAGGUCCGUGGCGGGAUAUGUGUAACUGUUGCUGCUGCCCACGCCCCGCACCCUGCCGGCCGCGUCCGAAGACACACUUACCUUCGCGGCGCGGCGGGAGGCGCGCGGAGCCCCGAGGUAGCGAGUCCCCGCGCUCCGGCUCUCCGGACCCGCCUGGCGUCCUCGCCUGCGGCGGGACGGGCGGCAGCGGCGCCCGGGCAUGGCUUCGGCGGGCAGCGGCAUGGAGGAGGUGCGCGUGUCGGUGCUGACCCCGCUGAAGCUGGUCGGGCUGGUGUGCAUCUUCCUGGCGCUGUGUCUGGACCUGGGGGCCGUGCUGAGCCCAGCCUGGGUCACGGCUGACCACCAGUACUACCUGUCCCUGUGGGAGUCCUGCCGGAAACCCGCCAGCUUGGACAUCUGGCACUGCGACUCCACGCUCAGCAGCGAGCAAGAAUGUGGCCAUCUGUAAGCCAAGAGAAGCCUCACGAUGAAACUUACCUUGCCAGCACCUUGAUCUUGGACUUUCCAGCCUCCACAACUGUGAGAAAUAAAUUUCUG